AUGACAGGAGGUAAUGCAGAAGUUUCAAAAAAAAUCCGAGCUGCUAUAAAAGCUAAAUUGGAAGAGCUCGGUGUAUACGUAGAUGAAGAACUGCCUGAUUAUAUCAUGGUAAUGAUUGCAAACAAGAAGGAAAAAGUGCAAAUGAAGGAAGAUUUGCUUUUGUUUUUAGGCAAAAAUGCUGAAAAAUUCGUUGAUUGGCUUUUCGAGAUUUUCGAACGUCUACAGUCUGCUACUGCUAUGGAUACUGUUCAAGAUAUAAAUGAUAAUAAGCGCAGGGAUAACGAAAGCAGUCAAAAAAAAGAAAGUGAAAGUUCAAAUAAACGACAAAAGGAUAAAGUGGUAGAAAAAAAGAAAAAACGGGACAGCUCCGAUCAUUCUAAAAAUAUCUUAAAGGAGCAAGAAAAAAAGGAUAAAGGCCGGCAACGUGGAGCAAAAGAAGCUAACAAGAAAGAAGGUGGUGAGAAGCAUAUAAGUGUAGCAAAGGUGGUAAAGUCAAAGCCUUCCCGCAAAACGAAAUCUCCUCCUGCACUUCUGGAAAAAACAUAUCGACAUAAAAGAUCAGAAAGCAUGGAACGUCGAGCAACUGCUCAUUCUGGAAUAAGACGAGAGAGUGAAAAAAUUGGUCGGAAAUCUGCUCAUGUGAAGUCGAAAACAGAAAAUGAAUUAGAAGAAGAGACAAAAAGUAAGGCAGGGAACACAAGAAAAAGGAACGAUGACAAAGAUAGCCGAGUUAGGAGAAAUGAUAGCAAGGCAUCAAAUGAUCCAGCACAUAGUGCUUCGCACCAGCGAAAACGUAAAACAUCAUCUCGAUCGCCAUCAAUAGAAAAAGAUGUUGGUAAUUCAGUGCUAGCAGGGGAUUCUGUUUGUGAUUCAAGAACGAAAAAGGUACAGUCAUCUGCGGUUGUUAAAUUACUACCGGAGCCCUCAGUAAAAUCAGUAUCUUCUCAAGUAGUUGUUAAACGAAAACUACCUGAGAAAGAAAUAACAACUAAACAAUCACGUGGUGUAAAGUCGUUGUUUCUGAAAGCAAUCAAAGAAGCAGGUGAAACAACUCGAACGGCUAGCCAUAUUGCUGGUUAUGGCGGUGGAGUAGCAGUGAAAAAUGAUAAGGACUUUGUGGAUCAUGGAAAAAAGCAGAAUGACUCCGUUGUCUUAGAUGAAGAAGAGAGUAUUGAAAUUGAUGUUUACGACGAUAUCGGAGAUGCUUUAGUUGUAAUGCCUGAUGAAACAUCUGGUGGAGAUAGUAGUAACCGUUCAGUCGUACAGGCUGUUGAUGAUUGCAAUUCAAGUGAACCGGAGGUAGAAAGAAAACGUUUUCGAGCGCAUGGACCAAGUUCUGCAGAGGAGCCAAAAUUUUAUAUAACUCUGAAAGGCGAUGCGAUCACUGGUUUGGCUAAACAACUCACAAAGAUUGGUGAAGGGAGUGUUGAAAUUGUGAAUAAAAAAGUUAAAACGCGUAAACGUCUAAAUGAAACAAAUCCAAUUCUAGCUCAUUUGAAUAUAGCACCCAAGCAAGCUAAAAGAGAACCUACCCAUGAUAGAACAGUCGUCAGUAGUAUGGAGCAUAAUACGUGUCUAAUUUCUCCUAGCAACGAAGUAUCCAUAAAUACAGUAGAUGAAUCAAAGCCUGUGCCAACUUGGGAUUUGCAGAUACAGCUUCCAGAAGAUGAUACAAGUGAUGACAAUGAAGAUGAUGGUGAUGAUGAAGCACAAAUUGAUGCUGUCUUGGCGAGUGCUCAAACGGUUGGUCAAAAUUUCGAUGAAGUGCAGUCAGCGUCGAAUUUAUCUAGUUCAUUGUUUCAUCCCAAAGCACCUCCACCACAGCUCUUUUAUUCAACACCCCGGCAAAAUAUGUAUGCUCUUAAUCGUCAGGUAUCAAAAUUGACAUCGGUUUUAUCAGCAGGAACUGAAAAAAUUAUGGAACGUUGCAAAUUUUGGCCAAAUUGUUCCUUGCAAAGCUGUUUAUACAUUCAUCCAAGUAAACCAUGCAGCAAUUUUCCGAAAUGUUCUUUUGGUGAUCGAUGUAUUUAUAUUCAUCCACAGUGCAAAUUUGAUCAAAUGUGUCUUAAUCCAAACUGCUGUUAUGCACAUACCAAAAAGACAACAGCAAAUGUAACGGCCGCAGUAGCAGUAUCAAAUGAUGCUACUACAGCACAAGCGUCUUUAAAUCCACUGCCAAUACUACCAUUAUCCUCUGUGCUGAAAGUUCCAUGUAAGUAUGGUGGAAAAUGUGCAAACUCGAGCUGCAGUUUCAAGCAUCCAAAGCUCUGUCGUUUUGGUGAUCAUUGUAAGAAUCGCGCUUGUUAUUUUUGGCAUCCGAAAGCCAGUGCGAUCGCAGUUCUCGGUAUGACAGGAGAAAAGUAUCGAUGGAAAGCUCCAAAUUUGGUUUCAACAUAA